UUGUCCGGUUAAAUGGAAACCCGGCCCACUUGGGCGGAACUCAAGUUUUUCUUUUGGGAUAUAAUAGUUCGUCAGUUAUGAACUAUAACGUACAGUAAACAUGCAGUGCCCUGCCUUCACAACUCAUGUACUAUGGUGUCUUUGUCUUUGGGGAUGUGUGGCAGAGAGUUUGCUGACAUUACCUCAUGUAGAGCAAUUUGAUGUAGUGAGACCUAAAAGACAGAGCGUCAGAAAGGUACAAUCUGAUAAAAGUCCAAAAAGCCAUGAGACAUAUCCUGAUAGACUCACAUAUAAAUUAUUCUUUGGAGGGAAAGAUCACCUGAUUCAUUUGGAAAAGAACUGGCAACUCAUAGGACAUAAUUACUCUGAAAUAUAUUAUCAAGAUGAUGGACUGAUUGUGAGCAGGAAUCCAAUUUUAAAGGACAACUGCUACUAUCAUGGCCAUAUUCAGGAUUUGGAAGAUUCUUCUUCGGUCAGUGUGGGAAUCUGCUCUGGAAUCAGAGGUUUUGUUAGAGUGAAACAGCAGGUAUACCUGAUCGAGCCCCUGACCAACCACAGUGAAGGAGACCACGCACUUUAUAAGCAUGAACAUCUGAGGUGGAAGAGAAGCACCACCAUUUAUGACCAUGAACCCCCAGUGGCUGUCCCCUUGAAGUCCAGCGGAUGGAAAACAAAGCGAUUUCACACUCCAAGAUUUGUGGAGUUGUUUCUUGUGGUGGAUAACACUGAGUACACAAAAUAUGGGUCUAACAUGGACAUAAUCAGUGGCAGGAUGCUGGAGGUUGCAAACCAUGUUGACAAGUUGUAUCGAGCCCUUAAUAUCCGGGUUAUGCUGGUGGGGCUUGAGGUUUGGACGAAACAGGACCAGAUUGUGGUCAGUUUGAGUUCUGACGAGACUCUCAGUCGGUUUAUUGAGUGGAGAAAAAGCAAUCUGCUUAAAAGAGUCAAGCAUGACAAUGCUCAGUUUGUGACUGGAAUUGAUUUUUUGGGCGACACAGUUGGGUUGGCAAACAAACUUGCAAUGUGUUCUGAAAGCUCAGCGGGAGUCAACCAGGAUCAUAAUCAGAACUCACUGGGCCUGGCAGCCACGAUUGCUCAUGAGAUGGGUCAUAACAUGGGCAUGUCCCAUGAUGAAUAUCCCUGCAUGUGUGGCUCAUCCAAUUCCUUCUGUAUCAUGACAGAGCGUGUGGGCAAUCAGUUCCCGGAGCAGUUUAGUGACUGUAGUCUGGAGCAGCUGAGUAUGUUUCUAGACAACGCCAACCCCAGCUGCCUGCUGGACACCCCCAUUUCAUCCAGACUGUACAGUGGGUCUGUUUGUGGUAAUGCCUUCCUGGACCCUGGAGAGCAGUGUGACUGUGGAACAGCUGAGGAAUGUGAAAAUCCAUGCUGUGACCCCAUGACCUGCAGGCUCACUGAAGGCUCACAAUGUGCUCACGGAGACUGCUGUGAGAAUUGCCAGAUAAAAGAUGCUGAAAGCAUGUGUCGAGCACCUGUAAAUGAGUGUGACGUCCCAGAGUACUGCACAGGGCUCUCCGAGCAGUGCCCAGAGAAUGAUUUUAAGAUGAAUGGCAUACCUUGCAGCUCUGGCCAGGGUUACUGCUAUAAUGGCCAAUGCCCCACUCACCUCCAGCACUGCCAAAAACUUUGGGGAACAGGUGCCAAAAUUGGUACUGAUAGAUGCUUUCAUCUAAACACAUAUGGAAAAAAUGAUUCUCACUGUGGAAAGACCAAAAAUGGAUACAAAGCUUGUACAAAAGAAAACAAGUUUUGUGGUAAGAUAUUUUGCGAAGGAGGAAACGAAUACCCCAUUACUGGUCAGAAAGCUGUUAUAGGAACAUUAUGGGGACUUUGCAAUGUAGCUGGGGACCAAUCAGAAGAGGACGCCCUCAGCAUGGUUCCCACCGGCACAAAAUGUGGACACAAUAAGGUUUGCUUUGAUUAUAUGUGCCAAAACCUGACGGUUUACGGUAAUAUUGAAGACUGUGCACUACAAUGCAAUGGUAGAGGGAUUUGCAAUCAUAAAAAACAAUGCCACUGUGAGCCUGGUUGGGCACCUCCUUACUGUGAAGUCAGAUAUUCUGAAUGGUCAUCUGGACAAAGAAAGAUCAUCGGCAUCUCAGUAGCAAUCACUCUACUUGUACUUUUACUAUGUGCAAUCUUUCUUUAUCAUAAACUAAGAAAAGCCAUCAUCAGCUGCAAGACAAAAACUCCGGCAUCUUCAGGGCAGUUGAGUCUGCUUUUUGAGAACAACAGUGCCAAAAAGGACCGCCCUGAGAUCAGCCAGCCCAUAUUCAUGGGGACCACUGUGACUCGACCCUGCACCCCUCUAACAGCUAGAUUGGGCCCGUCCCGUCCUGCUCCCCCACCUCCAAAAAAGUUGCCAUCACAAUCACAGCAGACCGUUGUUAAACAGGUAAUCAAGCCAACUCCACCUCCUGUUCCUCCUGUCAAACCAUCUUUAGCAACAGGAUCCUGGAGCACAGAUCAAGUCACAGGAGAUAAAGUGAAGGUUGUGUUGAGACCACCCACCAUUCCAAGAAAAUGACCACAUGUGAAAUCAUCAUGUGACUCAUUUAAACAAAUUACAGUCCCUCUUGGUCACUUGUACAGUGAGGAAGUGGCUGAAUGACAAAGUGCUUUUUAAACAAUGCUUUAACACACACACACAAACACACACACAGUUGUGCUUGGCCUCAUGUAAGAGCUGGUUUUGGUUUUUUAAAGUUGUGUAUAUAUAAUAUAUUGUAUAUGUAAGACAUUUGAAUGUGUGGUUGCAAAAUAAUCAACAGACCAAAAUGCUUUAUACUCUAAUGAAUUUAAUUUAACAGUAUUGUGGUGAUGUGAAUGUAUUUCAUUCGAAAUAAAAGUUGUUGUUUAAACAUUUUA